AAGCAGAGAGAACCGACGAGCUCGCGAUGGCCAGAACCAAGCAGACCGCCCGUAAGUCCACCGGAGGCAAAGCCCCCAGGAAGCAGCUGGCCACCAAGGCCGCCCGUAAGAGCGCCCCGGCCACCGGCGGAGUCAAGAAGCCCCACCGUUAUAGGCCCGGUACCGUGGCUCUCAGAGAGAUCCGCCGUUAUCAGAAGUCCACCGAGCUGCUGAUCCGCAAGCUGCCCUUCCAGCGCCUGGUCAGGGAGAUCGCUCAGGACUUCAAGACCGACCUGCGCUUCCAGAGCUCCGCUGUCAUGGCUCUGCAGGAGGCCAGCGAGGCAUACCUGGUCGGCCUCUUCGAGGACACCAACCUGUGCGCCAUCCACGCCAAGAGGGUCACCAUCAUGCCCAAGGACAUCCAGCUGGCCCGCCGCAUCCGCGGAGAGAGGGCUUAAACUCGCCUCGGCACGCCUAACGAACACAACGGCUCUUUUAAGGGCCACAUACUUGCGCUAGGGGCAGCGACUUCCUUUGCCACCUACCUACACUUUCUCUAGCAGUUCUGCUUUUUGGUCUAAUCUGACUAAACUACUUUUCUAGUCUGAUUAUAAACUCAGCACAGUCAAACAUACAACUAAACAAUAAACAACUAAUGUUUCACUCCAGCUACAGUUCAGCAGUUAACAUCUGUUGGGGCAGUAGAGAGCAUCAGUUUGCUACCAAACAUGCA